GUCGUGCUCCUCUGCUUAUUCUUACAUCUAGAAGACCCUUUUUUUGAGUAUUCGUCCUCGGCACCUACACGCGCCACAUUGUGCAAACAGCCGCAUGUCUCUCAGCACGUCAUCCGCCUGCUGCCUCACUGUCGAUCGACCGCCCUACCGCCGCCUCACCGACUGCUCGCCGGUGGACUAGAGUCAACCGCGACCCCAGGCUGCAACCGCGACAAAGGCGCCUAGGCAGGCUGGGAGAAGCUGCGCAGGCCCUCAAACACUCGUUCAGAAUAUUCAGCCCGUCAUGUUUUCCGAAUAUGCCUCCAAAUUCCUCUCCCAGUCUCAGUCGCGGCUGUCACUGGGCCAGCCCGAGUCGAGCAGCGCCCGGAACACUUCAGACCGCCAGCGGCCGUCGUCGCGCGCAGCUCAGGCAUACCUCCAGCGCCGCAACAUGCCGAACCCAUACAACUCACAAGCGUUAUCGCGCUUCGCCUUUACAUCGCGCACCUCCAACGCUCCGGCACCGCUAUUCUACUCAGUCACCGACGACUUUCGAGAAGAAGACGACCAUGUCGAGCACGACCGCGAGAUGGCCGAUCACUACGCCCUCCAACGGUCACGGCGGCAGUUUGGCGCCAGUAACCUCUCUGAGUCCUCUGAGGUCGAGGACGACGGUGUGCACAGAUCUGAUCACACGAUGGAGGCAGACCGAGACGAGAACGACACGCCAGACUACGGUUUGGGCAGAGGGAUAAAGAGCUCUUGGAAAGGCGACAAGCCAGCUCGCGGGCGAUCCACAACAAUGACGAGACUAGAGGACGAAGAGCGAGAUUCGAGCGUACCGUUGUCAGAGUCUACAGAACAAAGCAGCAGAGGGAAUGGGAAGCUGGUGGAUGUCGAGCUUGCAUCGACAGAAAGAGGCAGCAUAGAAGAGCUGCAUAGAGAAGAAGUUUUCCAGCAGAAGGACGAACCACCACCUUCGUACCAACAGUUUCGAAACAUGCCCCGACACAAGCGCCUUCGCAGUCCGCUACGAACAACCCUGUCUAUACCCCAGGAGACCGACGAAGACGUGCUACUCGAACGCCCACGAUCGAUCAGCGCUGACCGCCAGACCGUGCCAGAUCUCGUACCUGAGAAUCCCACAAGCCCUCCGAGGCACAACUUCUUCUGGGCAGAGCUCUUCAUCAUUGUGCAGUGUGCCAUGAUCGGCAUAUGGUUCAUCUCUUUUCUGCAAGAAUCACCGCCAGGCAAAAAGAACCCACUUGGAGACACAGUCUACACGGUCCUCACAUCUUCUUUCCACCUCAUCGGAGUAUACUCGCUUGUAUCGGUCGUUGUUGGUCUACUGUGGUUGUCUUUGCUGCGAUCAUUCGCCCGACCGCUGGUCUAUCUAAUGCUGGUAGCAGUGCCAGUCAUAUCCUUUUCGUUCUGGCUAUAUCCAUUCAUCUCGAGUCUAAAGGGAUCGUGGCACGGCAACAGCACACAGGACAAGGCUAUGCGGUGGCUCUCGUUUGGACCUCUCAUCCUGGCCAUCUUCUGGGUAUACACAGCUUUCAAAGCACGUCACUCACUGCAUAAGGCGAUCGGCAUGCUGGAGUUCUCUAGUGAUAUCUUGAGGGCGCAGGCACCACUUUUGGUAGUUGGCAUUGCCACGCUUGCCGCGGUGAUGCUCUGGUCGUGGCUCUGGAUCCUCAUGUUCACCAGACUUUUCCUGGGAGGUCACUUUGCGAGCAACAAAUCACGCUGGAUCGUGGACGCCAGCACAUGGUGGCUCGGUGCAGCUUUCUUCUUGAAUUACUUCUGGACUUUGGGCGUCAUUGCUGGCGUACAACGAGCAACAACGGCGGCCACCGUUUCUCAGUGGUACUUCCACAGAAACACGACACCCACGCCCCCAGCCGCGACUGUUGUGCAGGCUUCACUCAGCCAUGCAUCAUACACCAUGGCCGGCACCAUUUGUCUCUCGACUCUGAUAUCACUUGCAGUGCGACUGCCGCUCAUCGUUCUGCCUCGACGUAUUGCGGGCAUGAUUGCAAUGUGCGCCUACUCCGUUGUGCCCACGCCAAUUGCCGCAUUGACGAACCCGCUUACGCUUACGUUUGCAUCGAUCCACGGCGUUCCGCUCAACCAAGCCGCACGCGGUUUGUCGCAAUUGAACUUCAUUUCAGCAGCCUCACCAACAACGACUCUCGGCCCAAGCUCGUUCAAGAACCACGGACGGCCGUCAAUUCAGUCAUACCGCCUGGCUAAGCUUCUGCUACACGCGAUUCGAUGGGUCAUCACCAUCACGCUCGGGUUUGGAGGCUGGGUAUCUACUGCGAGGAUGCUCCAACUGGGCGAUGAGAUUGUGACCUACAAAGGCAGCCUGUAUGCCUACGUAGUCGGUAUCAUUAGCGCAGCGAUUGGGUGGGGUGCGCUGGGCGCUAUGGAGGGUGUUCUCGGUGGCAUUCUGGACGCUGUCUUAGUCUGCUGGGGGAGUGAGGUUGGACAGGAUGGUCAGGGCGAGGCGAGGUACUGCGUUGACGCCGGUCGACUCUUUGGCGAUGAGGUUGGCCGUGGCCGGGCAAGGUAUGAAGUGUGAGGUUGAGUGGACAUUAGUGUGUGCAUUUCUGGCGUACAGUGUUUUCGAGAAUCAGGCGUUUGACUGUAGCGCCUCAGUUGUAAGGCCCCUGGAUAUGGGCUGGCGCUCUGGGUAUACCUGAUGGAGUGCCGUAGCUAUGCACCAUCGUGUUUCGUAGCUUCGCGAAUUGAUAUUAGUCUCACCUUCAGCCUCGACUUU